AUGUUCCGCCCCGUGGGCAACCGCCUUGCGGCUCGCGCCCUUCGCACCCGCACCCAAACGGCCGCCUUCACCUCCUCUUCUUCCUCCGCCCCAGCCCCUCUGCUUGCCCGUCAGGCCCAGCAGUCUCAAAACCAGUCACAGCAGCGCCGCGGCCUCCGCGUCGGAGCGCCCCUGGCCGACAAGCCCGGCUCCUACUCGCGUACUGACCCUGAGGUCACCGUCGAGUACCCGGAGACCACGAGCUCCCCAGCUCCAAGGUCGUCCGUGGCCACGGCGCGGCUUCGCGAAGCCACCCUCGCCUCCUUCUCCCUCGAGGACCGGCGGCCACUACUCCGGCGCGACCUCGCCAUUGUCGACCUCAACCUCGAGGAGGCCGAAACCCAGGCCCGCAACCUCAUCGACGCGUUCAAGAAGGAGAACCCCGAGGCCGAGCACACCCCCAAGGUCACGGCGCACUACGCCGACGUCUCUGACCCCGAGUCCGUCGACGCCUGCAUCGCCGACGUCAUUGCCAAGCACGGCCGCAUCGACAACCUCGUCACCUCGGCUGGCUUCACCGAAAACUUUGACGCCGUCAGCUACCCCAUCGACCGCAUGCGCAAGUUCUGGGGCGUCAACGUCGACGGCACCUACCUCUUCGCCAUUGCCGUCGCCAAGCACCUCAUGGAACGCAAGGCCCAGGGCAGCAUGGUCUUCAUCGGCUCCAUGUCCGGAUCCAUUGUCAACAUUCCCCAGCCCCAGGCUCCCUACAACGCCGCCAAGGCCGGUGUCCGCCACCUUGCUGCCUCCCUGGCCGUCGAGUGGGCCCACUGCGGCAUCCGUGUCAACUGCAUCUCCCCCGGCUACAUGCUCACGGCCCUCACCCAGAAGAUUCUCGACGACAACCCAGACCUCAAGAAGAAGUGGAUCUCCCUCAUUCCUCAGGGCAAGAUGGGUCAGCCCAAGGAUCUCAUGGGUCCCGUCACCUUCCUGCUCUCCGAUGCUUCGCAGUACGUCACCGGCGCCGACCUCCGCGUCGACGGCGGGUACACCGUCACCUAA